ACGUUCUUCCCACUUCGCAGUUCGCACUUCCCAAUUCCCAGUACCUGCUCGUACUCACUCACUCCCCCUAUACUUAUAUUACUCUGUGAACUCACUCAGAGAUUUCAUUAAUCAUAAAUUACUUAUUGCAGUCAUUACUCGUUUGUGUCUUUUGUAAAUAGUGAUUUAUUCAAAUUAUCACCGCAAACGUUUAAAAAAUUUAACGAAUGCGUAGAAUAAAUUAUUGAAAUUUUAUUAAUCUGACAUUUAGCCAAAUUUAAAGCUUUAAAAUGGAACUGAGUACAGGAACUAAAAACUUUCUUAUAUUUAUUCAAGAAGAUUGGAAGUUAUUAUUAUGCCUUACUGUUCUAUUUAUUUUAUACUUUCAUUACACAAGUUCAUUUGAUUACUUUGAAAACAAAGGAAUAAAAUUUAUGAAGCCAGUAAUUUUCCUGGGAAAUUUGGGGCCGAGAGUAUUUGGAAAAAAAUCUUUUCAUGAAUUGCAAAUAGAUAUUUACAAGCAUUUUAAAGGAAACCCCUUUGGUGGAUUCUUUGAAGGCCGUAGACCAGUGUUAUACAUAUUUGACCCAGACCUUAUUAAGUCAGUGAUGAUUAGAGAUUUUGAUCAUUUUACUGAUAGGAACACAUUAGGAAGUAGGGAGCCAAAAUAUAUAAGUAGGAGUGUUCUUAACCUUAAGGGUGCAGAAUGGAAAGCUGUAAGAAGUAUUAUGACACCAACUUUUAGCUCAGCUCGUCUCAAAAAUAUUCUUCCUUUAAUCCAUUCAUGUGCAGAUCAAAUGGUUGAUUUUUUAAAACUAUAUGAGAACAAAGAUGUAGAUAUGAAAGAUUGUAUGGGUCAUUUUACAUUGGAAGUUAUAAGUGUCACUGCAUUUGGUAUAAAGAGUGAUGCUUUGACUAAGGAAAAUGCUGAAUUUGUUAUGAUAGCAGAAAAGUUUAACUAUAUGCCACUUUAUAAAAGAUAUUUCAUUUUCUUUGUAUUAAUUUUUGUUCCUGGUCUAUUCAAAUAUCUCAAUAUUUCAUUCCUGAAUAGUAAAACAAUGAGUAAACUAAAUGAAAUAUUGCAAGUUACGAAGGCUGAACGUAGAGUUUCUUCAAUAAAGCAUAAUGACUUCUUGCAACUAAUGCUUGAUGCAGCGCAAAAAGAGAAGGAACAGGUGAAGGAUAAGGAGGAAUUGCAUUUAGACGAUGGAACAAUCGAUGCCCAAAUAAUAAUAUUCCUUCUCGCUGGAUUUGAAACGUCAAGUUCUUUGUUAUCGUUCGCAAUACACGUGCUGGCGAUACGGCCAGACCUACAGGAGAAACUACGAAAACACGUCAUAGAAGUAACGGAGGGAAAGGAAAUUAAUUACGACCUGCUAACAGAACUUGACUAUCUGGAAGCAUUUCUCAACGAAACACUACGCAUGUACCCUCCGGUUGCAAAAGUGGACAGAAUUGUUACAAAACCUUACGUUUUACCGGGGUCGUCUGUUAGCCUCGAGGUCGGUAGGAUGGUGUCCAUCCCGAUAUACGCGCUUCAUAUGGACCAAGAAAUAUAUCCGGACCCACAAGAAUUUAAACCAGAAAGGUUUCUAAAGGAAAACGGGUUCAGAACGUCUCAUCUGUUUUUGCCGUUUGGAGCCGGACCCAGAGUUUGUAUAGGCCUACGAUUUGCAAUGAUGUCUACAAAAAUGGCAAUGGUGUCACUGUUAAAGAACUUUAACUUCAAAAUCUGUUCUAAAACUCAAAAUCCUGUACAAUUUGAUAAACGUGCACUCCUGUUGAAAGCUAGUAAAGGAUUGUAUGUUCGCGUUGAAAAAAUUUAAUUUAAAUAUAGUAAUUAGAGAUUGGAAGAAUAUACAUUAAUUUGGUCAUUAUUAUUCGUUGUUAUAUGGUCUUAAUUUUUUCCCAGAACAUUAUAGUACAAUUUCGUUUUUUAGUAGAACAUUAUAGUACAAUUUCGUUUUUUAGUAGAACAUUAUAGUACAAUGUCGUUUUUUAGUAGAAUAUUUUAGUUGUAAUAGUAGUUAUAAAUUGACUUCCGUUUCCGAGUUAAUGAUUCCGGUAUAUAGGUACAUCUUAAAGAUCUUAUUACUAUAAAUAAUAACAUAAAACCUUAAAGUCUUAGAACAGCAUUGCAUAGAAACUAGUCUUUUGACUAGUUGCAUAGUAUUAGUUUGUUAUGACGGUAUAAACAAUUAAAUUCUUGAGUAUUAAAAAUUACAAUAACAUACUCAAAAUAAAUUCUCCAAGUAUGGUUUAUCAUAUAAUGUUAUAUAAGUACAUAUAGUUCUAUGCUUUUUAUUUUAAUUGGGAUUUAGGUAUUUUUAUUGUUUUGGUGAAAGAUAUUUGAUAUACCAAUUUUAUAUAUGAAUUCCAUCUUAUUGUGGAUCUUGCCAUAUUAUUGUGAUACAAAGUACAUUUACAUAAAUCUCAGUUAUAUAAUGACGUUUAUUUUAUAUAGAAUAUUUAACUGUAGUAUACAGUAGGUUUUUCAAUAUUUUUCCUAAUCUGAAUAAAUAAUCGAAUAUUUCUCUAAUUAAGAUAAAUAACUUUUGUU